GAGCGUCCACUAGUUACGCAGGCAAGGCCAAGAAACUCGAUUCUGCUAUCGACAAGACAGUUCAAAUUGCAACUAUAACAAGAGAUGCUACUGAAAUAAAUCCUGCUCUAGGGCCAUUGAAGGCGUCAAUGAGCACGUUGAUAACGGUACUGGAUACGAUUAGGAAGGCAGAGAAAAGGCACGAGGAGACCUGGAUCACAAUAAUAAAACAUAUCCACAAUCGGAUCAAGGGGCUUACAGAACAAUUGGAGUCUAUGGAAUGUAGUGACGGCUAUAGACGACUGGACGAGAUUCUUGCGAGAAUGACUUCCUCUUCAACGCCUAAGAAGAAAUGGAGGUGGCACAUUGAUUCACGUCAAAAUGGGGAGAACAUCAAAGAUAUAGAACGAGAACUACAGGGUUACUUUGAUAGGUUUAUGAUAGAGUUGAAUAUGCUAAAUCAUGAAUCUAUUAGACAAAACAACGAAGUUAUUUUGAUCAAUAGCCUCAAGACGGCUGUAUCGGCGAAUGGAAAAAUCCACAAACCCUGCAUGGAAGGGACUCGUCUUGGAAUUCUUCGUGAAAUAAACGAAUGGAAACACGCCGAUACUACCCCCCAGGUCCUGUGGUUGAACGACGUCGCUGGAGUAGGAAAGUCAACAGUGGCGAAACAACUGGCCGAAGAGUGGAAAAAGCAAGGUGGUUUCGCUGGUCACUUCUUCUUUUCGAGAGACAUGGAGGACACACGUACGGAAGAGCGGUUUUUCAGUACGAUUGCUCAGCAAGGCGUGUCUCGUCUCAGUUCGAUCGCACAAACCGCAGUUGCCAAAGGCAUCCAGAAGCUGUUCGAUCCAGCAUCGGCCACUCUAGAAGAUCAAUGUCUCUCUAUAUUUACAGAGCCGCUUGUAGCAUUCGGAUCACCAACGGUUCUCGUCCUAGACGCUGUUGAUGAAUGCGAGCCUCGAGGAUGCCAGAGGCUUCUAAGCAUUCUACUUCGACAACUCCCCCUACUUCCUCAUCUCAAAUUGUUCGUGACAAGUCGGCGCGAAUCGCAUAUUGAGGAGCUAUUCCAAGAUCAUAACCCGCAUAGGUUGUCCCUUCGUGCAAACCAGACAUCCAAUCUUCAGGAUGUUGAACUGUACAUGAAAAAUAUGCUGGAAAAUGUGGGCCUCAAAAAGGAGCAAAUAAGAUCUCUAGUCGAGCGGGCAGGCGGGCUAUUUAUUUGGGCCAGUACCGUUUGCGGGCUGCUUCGUAACUUUCGCGGAAAUAGAGACCAUUUUAUAAGCCGUAUCCUCUCCCAGUCUAUUAGCCAAAUGGACCACAUCUAUGAAAUCGCACUCGACCAGGCCAUAGGAAGUGAUCAGGCCGAGGAAAGUUUAGACAGCUACAUGAAAGUCCUCAAGCUCAUUGUGGUGGCUUACACGCCUAUUACUCCAAAUACUCUCAAUAGGUUACUGUAUAUCACCGAUUCGAUGGAAACUGUACGCAGUCUAGGGAGUGUACUAGAUUGUAAUGGCCCAGAUCAAGAAAUACGGUUCCUACAUCCCACAUUCCGCGAGUUCCUGUUGAGCCGGACAGGUAACUAUCGCUUUCAUGUUGAUAUUUCCGAUGCACAUUAUCUCAUGGGCAUGAAAUGUCUUACGGCCAUGAACGAGGGUUUUCGAGACUUUGUUCACAGAAUUCGAGUUGAGGAACCCCAGCAGAUUUCCAUUGAGCUAGCAGCCUUGCCAUAUAGCUCCGCCUAUUGGAUCUCCCAUGUCAUCCAAACGGCUAAAGGCGAUUUAUUGGAUGGUGAAAUGGUCAGCAAGAUCGAUGAAUUCUUCUCCAGCAGGCUUCUAGAUUGGCUCUUUGUUGUUUGUUCGAUGGAUCUCAUCGAUCAUACUGGUAUAAAUGAUGGUACCACGACAGUCUGUAAGGAUUCCUGGCGAUUUUUGAAAUUUUAUUGGCUGCAGCUUCGAAAAUACCCGUCUAACGUUUACACCUUCUUCGCUUAUACCCCCCAGUCGAGUAUUUUUCAAGAGGUCUAUGCGAAAUCGAAAUCUUUCCCUCACCCGGUCGUCUCCAUAGGCAUCGAACAAGACUGGCCUUCCGAAGUGAUUGUUAAAGCACACAAAAUCAAGGUAUUCCAAUUAUCAUCAUCCAGUGAUGCCAUUGCAGUCGGAGGAAGUAGAGACCAUUUGGCGGUCAUCUCACUUUGGGAUAUACAGACAGCUGAUGGUGUGACCGCUACUCAUCCAUGUGGGACCAAGUUUUGUGAAGUGGGAUAUCUCGGAUGGUCUUCGCCUGGUCUCGGGCAACAACUCUUGGCUAUCAAAUAUGAACCGACUACCUACAGCCUUUCUGUAGAAGGCAUGCCUGACAAUCCCUACAGACUUUACGAUUUACCCUACUUCCUAAUACCACAAUAUAUGUGGGUAUUCUCACCUCGGGAUGGUCAGAAGAUUGCUCUCUGGGGUAGAGAAGUGGAAGUUUGGGAAUGUUCUUCGAAACGUCACCUCUUUAAACGACCCGUCCCAACCAGUGUUACAAGUCUGCGGUCCAUUCACUUUUCCCCUGAUGCUAAUUUCCUCAUCUAUUCUUUAGACGACUCGCUCCAUUUCAUUUCUUCAGAGGACGGGACUUCGUUAUGGAACUAUGGCCUGCAAAUUAUCAUUCACGACCCCGACGCUUCUCUGGAUAGAAGCGGAACUUCUGAUGGGCCAAUCGAUCUUAAUUCUGGUCGAAUAGAUUGUGAUAGCUCAUUGUUGGAUAAUCGAGGAGUGGACCAACAGCUCAUUCUCUCUCUGUUGACCUUGCCACCGAUGGAUAUAAUCUCACCUACCUAUGACAACACCCUUUUCAGAACAGCUGAUCAGAUCGUUCUCUCUUCAAGAGGAAACAUAAGAAAUAUUGUCAAAGAAUAUGUUGAGCGAGGUGCAAUCAAAAUAUCGACCGCAACGUAUGGUCAGUCCGGAG